UCUCAUCCCAAAUGAGAGAGCUUAGAGCUAAAAGCUUCAAUGGCGGCCAAGAAUCAACAAACGCACAAAUCCAACAAGAGAAAGCAAAUUUCAAGCUCAAACACCGACCGAGAUAGCUCGAAAUCCAAGAAGCCGAAGCUACAUGCUUCCUUCCCUUCAAACAAGCCGUUGAAAAAACCUUUCAACUCGUCCAAACAAAAACACGAACACCCAAGUCAUUCCAAGUUUAAGAAACCGGAAUAUGGGAGUGAAAAUAAAGAGCUUUCUAAGAGAGAGCGUCGAAUCCAAGCAAAGGAAUUGGCAGAAGCUAGAAAGAAGAAGAGGAAACCGCAUUAUACUCUUGAACAAGAGCUUGCAUCUCUAUGGGAAAAGAUGAGACGUCGGAAUAUUGCUAAAGAAGACAGAUCAAAGCUGAUAACUGAAGCUCUGCAAAAGAUGAAGGGAAAGAUCCCAGAAAUUGCUGGUUCCCAUGUUUCGUCUCGUGUUCUGCAGACCUGUGUUAAACACUGCUUGCAAACAGAAAGAGAUGCUGUAUUUUCUGAGCUUCAGCCACACAUUCUCACCCUCUCGUGCAAUGCCUAUGCUGUGCAUCUUGUGAAGAAAAUGUUAGAUGCGGCAUCUAAAAAGCAGCUGGCAGGGGUUAUAUCAUCUCUCCGUGGGCAUGUUGCUUCGCUUCUUCGGCACAUGGUUGGAUCUGUAGUUAUUGAGCAUGCAUAUCAACUUGGAAAUGCCUCUCAAAAACAAGAGCUUCUGAUGGAAUUAUUUUCUACUGAGCUUCAUCUGUUUAAGGACCUCACAUCCAUCAAAGAAAGCAGGUUAAUAGAUGUAAUAUCGAAAUUGGGCUUGCAGAAGUCUUCUGUUUUGCGACACAUGAGUUCAGUGAUUCAACCAAUCCUUGAAAAAGGAAUAGUGGAUCACUCAAUUAUACACAGGGUAUUAGUAGAGUAUUUGAGCAUAGCUGAUCAGUCCUCUGCUGCGGAUAUAAUUCAACAACUGUCUGGUCCACUCCUAGUUCGUAUGAUCCAUACCCGGGAGGGAUCUAAGAUUGGGAUGCUCUGUGUUAAACAUGGAAGUGCUAAGGAAAGAAAGAAAAUCAUCAAAGGAAUGAAAGGCCAUAUAAGCAAGAUAACACAUGAUCAUUGCGGGUGCAUGGUUCUCGUGGGCAUUGUUUCAAUGGUUGAUGACACUAAGCUUCUAACUAAGUUCAUCAUCCGUGAGCUCCAAGCAACAUUGAAAGAGAUUGCUGUGGACAAGAGUGGAAGGCGCUUGUUGUUGCAGCUGCUUCAUCCAAAUUGUUCACGCUAUUUUAAUUCCGAUGGCCUGGCCUUUCUAAAUUUAUCUGUUCCGUCGCUCAGUGCUAAGAAUGAUUCCGAAGUCAGAUCUGAGAAAAUUUCAAGGGAUAAAGAAUCUAGUAAGGAGGCAUCUAAGAGUGAUAUUCCUGAAGAGAACCUUGAUGAAGAACCUACAAAGGAGACAGCUACAUCCGAUCCUGAUAUGACACAAUCCGAGUCCGGUAAAAGUGAUAUUCCUGAAGAGAACCUCUUCUCAGCUGAAGGUGGGAAGAAGGAUCCUUCGCUAAGGAGGAGAGAGUUGCUAGUCAAGAGUGGGCUCGCUGAGAACCUUGUUGAUGUUUGCAUAGAGGACGCAGGAGAAUUGCUUACUUCAAAUUUUGGCAAAGAAGUAAUUUUUGAGGUUGCAAUGGGUGGUUCUGAUGGAAUUCUCCACCCAACACUAGAUCAAAAAUUGAAUAACUUGCAUGAAACUAUAGCUGCACUUGCAGCGAAGCCUAAAUCUGAAGAAUCAGAGGAAGAACAUGUGCUCGAAAACUUCCAUUCCAGUCGCACCAUACGGAAACUAAUAUUAGACUGCCCUGCAUUUGCUUCCACAUUAUGGAAGAAAUCUCUGGAAGGGAAGUGUCAAUUAUGGGCCCAAGGUCACAGUUCAAAGAUACUGUCUGCAUAUUGGGAAUCCUUGGACUCCGAGGUCCGUAAAAUGGCGGAAGAAGAGUUGAAGCCCUUGAUUGAUGGUGGCAUUCUCAGAAUCCAUGAAAAUAAACAACCGGAAAACGAGGAUUAGGUUGAUCAAUAUCUUGAUCGUCAAACACCUGUUGCUGGUCGGACUGCCGAUAAUACUGGGUGAAUGAAUUUAUGAAAUAUACAGGGGAGUUUUCUUAACUGAAAUAGGGUUAAGGAAUUUCAGGUAGUACUAUACGUUUUGAAUUUUUGGUUUUCAUCUUUAACGCAUGAACUUAUGAGCUAAAACUUUGUUUCAUGUUUGUUCUUCCAUUCUACGAAAAUGUAAAGCAAACUCAUGAUUUAGUCUGGUAUUGAAAAUUAAAUUGGGGACGAA